AUGGCUUGUGGAGAGGAACAGGUUGACGCAGAAAAGCUCUAUGAAGACGUUGAUUCUGAAGCCUUGCACGAAAAGCUGGCGGAGAUCGAUCCUGCAAGAGCCCACGACCUUCAUCCAAACGAUCGCAAAAGAGUAGUACGCAGCCUGGACAUUUACCAAAAGUAUGGCAUUACACACACUGAGCUGAUAAAGAGGCGGAAAGUUGAAAGGGAAAAUAGAGGAAUAAAAUACAAUGUGCUAGCCUUUAUCCUCCAGUCUGAUCCUGAGAUUCACAGGACCAGGAUCAAUGCCAGAGUGGAUGAAAUGCUCAAGAAUGGUAUUCUCGAUGAGCUAAAAGAGCUGGCUACCCUCGCAAAGGAAAACCCAGAGCUCAAUUCAAGAAAGGGAAUCUUCCAAAGCAUAGCCUACAAGGAGCUCAUGCCUAUACUAACGGGUCAAAACGGAAACAUUGUCACAUCCCCGUCUUUAGACCAGCUGGACCAAUGCAAGACUACUCUGGAGAAUAAAACAUGGAGGUAUGCGCAGAGACAAAAGACUUGGAUCAAGAACAGAAUCGCCAAGAAUGAAGAUCUAAAGGUCGAAAUUGUAGACGUGACCGAUUUGGAUACUUGGGAGCAGAUGAUGGACAAGAGUGCAGACCUUGUGAUUGACCAUUUGGAGGCUCCAUGA